GCCUGCAACUCCUCUCGAUUCUUACCAGUGAGUAGUGACUAGUUAGGUAUAGUUUGAGUCGGGUUCGAUGAGGUUAAGUCUGGUUUAAUUUCAAACUUAAAUCAUGCUAAAUUAACGUGUCAUUACGAGUCGAAAUCUGAAUAAUAUAUUUUUCGAAUCAAUUUCAAAAAGGAUCGAUCAGAUUAGAUCAUAUCAGAUUUUAACACCUCUACGUAUAGUCCAUUAGCCCUCGAGAAGAGGGCAUCUGAAUGUAUUUUCCCCUUAUCUAUAUAAAUAAAAAAAAAAUUACAAAAAAAAAAACCUAUUGCAGUCAACAAAACACAAAUAGAGCCCACAAAAUUUGCGCAACUCAGCCAAGAAAAGUCGAAAAAUAGAAAAGAAAAAGCUCCUAUUUUUACUUGUAAGAAUGAGUUUCACAGCGCAACAACAUAAGAUAGAGGAAGAAGAACAAUAAACACAUUUCGUAUAAGGAUCUCCAAUAAACAAGAGAGUGGAUAUGGCUAACAAAACCUCCAAAAUUCAAACAAUUUACGAUUUUUGCAAGAAGACAUUUUCGCUGACUACAAUACCUCCUCCACCUUCUUCUCAUGUCGUCCAGAAGCUCUCUUCUCUUCUGGACACUGUAACUCCUGCUGAUGUUGGUCUGAAAGAGGAGAAUGUAGAUGAUGACCGAGGAUAUGGUCUUUCUUUGCUGAACCCAUUCAACCGAGCACCUAGAUGGGCCCAACCUAUAACAUAUCUGGAUAUCCAUGAGUCUGACACCUCUACAAUGUGCAUAUUCUGCUUUCCGACAUCUGCAGUCAUUCCUCUGCAUGAUCAUCCUGGAAUGACAGUCUUCAGCAAACUUCUGUAUGGAUCCUUGCAUGUGAAGGCUUAUGACUGGGUUGAACCUCCACAAGUUAUUCAGAGCAAUGGCUCUGAGUGCUCUCAAGUUGGACCUAACACUGCACCGUCUGCUUGGGCCAACACAAUUCAGUCUUUGUGGGCCAGGCUCUUGGACUCCUCAAAGUUGGGGAGGGAAGAGGAUAAGGGAAAACCCAAUCCAAGAAUCUGCAGGUUGCAGUAUUUAUGAAUUAAUAAUUAUUGCAUAUAUAAGAGGAUCAUUUUAUCUUUUGAUUUUAAUUAUUGCUAAUCUGAACAUUUUGAAUGUAAUCUGUCAGUCCAAGAGUACGGUGUAUCAUGCUAAGAUCUUAUUACUUCAGCCCCCAUAUGACU